CCCAUAGGCCCCGAGGCCCCCAGUGCCUGUGAGCUCCAAGGGCGACGAGUCCAGCCGGGCUGGCUUCUGGCAGCCACCCUUCCCAGCCACCCGCCCAGCUGGAGGUGUCUGCUGAGGAGCCCUGAGCCCACCGCGUUCCCCCAAGGGAUCUCCGAGCCAUGUCCCGGCUGCCUUGAGUCUGCGAGGCCCCGCAGCCUCCACCAGCGGCCCCCGGGGCCAGCUCCCAAGCCUGCUCUUCGCUGCGGCCUGGGCUGAGGGAGCCCUCCAGCAUUGAGACUCAGCGGGGGACAGCAGCAGUCACGGUGAGCGAGAGGAUGCUGUCGGGGGCCGCGAGGAGCAUGCCCAGCCCCCUCCUGGCCUGCUGGCAGCCCAUCCUCCUGCUGGUGCUGGGCUCGGUGCUGUCUGGCUCGGCCACAGGCUGCCCUCCCCGCUGCGAGUGCUCGGCCCAGGACCGCGCGGUGCUGUGCCACCGGAAGCGCUUCAUGGCGGUGCCCGAAGGCAUCCCCACCGAGACGCGCCUGCUGGACCUGGGCAAGAACCGCAUCAAGACGCUCAACCAGGACGAGUUUGCCGGCUUCCCGCACCUGGAGGAGCUGGAGCUGAAUGAGAACAUCGUGAGCGCCGUGGAGCCCGGCGCCUUCAACAACCUCUUCAACCUGCGGACGCUGGGCCUCCGCAGCAACCGCCUGAAGCUCAUCCCGCUGGGCGUCUUCACGGGCCUCAGUAACCUGACCAAGCUGGACAUCAGCGAGAACAAGAUUGUCAUCCUGCUGGACUACAUGUUCCAGGACCUGUACAACCUCAAGUCCCUGGAGGUCGGCGACAACGACCUGGUCUAUAUCUCCCACCGCGCCUUCAGCGGCCUCAACGGCCUGGAGCAGCUGACGCUGGAGAAGUGCAACCUGACCUCCAUCCCCACGGAGGCGCUGUCCCACCUGCACGGCCUCAUCGUCCUGAGGCUCCGGCACCUCAACAUCAACGCCAUCCGGGACUACUCCUUCAAGAGGCUGUACCGCCUCAAGGUCCUGGAGAUCUCGCACUGGCCCUACCUGGAUACCAUGACCCCCAACUGCCUCUAUGGCCUCAACCUGACAUCCCUGUCGAUCACACACUGCAAUCUGACCGCCGUGCCCUACCUGGCCGUGCGGCACCUGGUCUAUCUCCGCUUCCUCAACCUCUCCUAUAACCCCAUUAGCACCAUCGAGGGCUCUAUGCUGCAUGAGCUGCUGCGGCUGCAGGAAAUGCAGCUGGUGGGCGGGCAGCUGGCCGUGGUGGAGCCGUACGCCUUCCGAGGCCUGAACUACCUGCGCGUGCUCAACGUCUCCGGCAACCAGCUGACCACGCUGGAGGAGUCCGCCUUCCACUCGGUGGGCAACCUGGAGACGCUCAUCCUGGACUCCAACCCGCUGGCCUGCGACUGCCGGCUCCUGUGGGUGUUCCGGCGCCGCUGGCGGCUCAACUUCAACCGGCAGCAGCCCACGUGCGCCACGCCCGAGUUCGUCCAGGGCAAGGAGUUCAAGGACUUCCCCGACGUGCUCCUGCCCAACUACUUCACCUGCCGCCGCGCGCGCAUCCGGGACCGCAAGGCGCAGCAGGUGUUCGUGGACGAGGGCCACACGGUGCAGUUCGUGUGCCGGGCGGAUGGCGACCCGCCGCCCGCCAUCCUCUGGCUCUCGCCGCGCAAGCACCUGGUCUCAGCCAAGAGCAACGGGCGGCUCACAGUCUUCCCCGACGGCACGCUGGAGGUGCGCUACGCCCAGGUACAGGACAACGGCACGUACAUGUGCAUCGCGGCCAACGCGGGCGGCAACGACUCCAUGCCCGCCCACCUGCAUGUGCGCAGCUACUCGCCCGACUGGCCCCAUCAGCCCAACAAGACCUUCGCCUUCAUCUCCAACCUGCCGGGCGAGGGCGAGGCCAACAGCACCCGCGCCACAGUGCCUUUCCCCUUCGACAUCAAGACCCUCAUCAUCGCCACCACCAUGGGCUUCAUCUCCUUCCUGGGGGUCGUGCUUUUUUGCCUGGUGCUGCUGUUCCUCUGGAGCCGGGGCAAGGGCAACACAAAGCACAACAUCGAGAUCGAGUACGUGCCCCGCAAGUCCGACGCGGGCAUCAGCUCGGCCGACGCACCGCGCAAGUUCAACAUGAAGAUGAUAUGAGGAUGCGCGGCGGGGGGCAAGGGACCCCCGGGGCGCCAGGCAGGGGAAGGGGCCUGGCUGCCGCAGCUGCUGGCCUGCUCCCCUACCCUUCCCACCACCCUGCCCCACCACACACUCUUUCUCCCUCCCACCCCAGCUCCUGCAGCCCCCCCACCCCUCUUCCAGCCCUCACCGCCUGUCCUCUUUCUGCCAGGACCUCAGAAGUCUAGGCCUGGGGACCCCACCUCACAGGGGCACGUACUCACAGACUGGAGCCGGAGGCCCACCAACCGACAUGGCUGCAGUCAGUAAUUCCAUUAAAUAAAAAAAAAAGUUACGAACUUCCUCUGUAACUGGGGUUUCAAUAAUUAUGGAUUUUUAUGAAAACUUGAAAUAAUAAAAAGAAAAACAAACAAAACUAUUUCCUAUAGCUAGUCGGAAUGCAGAUCCUCCACGCGGGCUGGUUGUUCCAGGGCCUGCCUCCAACUCAGUUUGUUUUUCUCUCCCUCCUCCUCCACCCCUCUAACUCUUCCUCCUUUCUCUUCUCUUCCCCGGUGGGGAGGGACCACUCAGGAAAUCAGAAAAGGAGGCUCCAGCACUCCCUCCCCCCUCCAGGGCAGCUCUACAAGCUGGCUGGGGGGCAGGCAGGCAGGGUGGCUCUGGGCUGGCUGUUUGUAAGGAGCUGGUGGAGGGCUGCGGCUGCCCGUUGGGCUGGGGACCCCUCUUCAGGUUGCGGGGCAGCUGUGUUGCCAAGGUGGGGGCCUGGUUCAGGUGCUGAGACUGGACAGGCCCUGGGGUCCUCCUGGGGAGGAGGGGGACACAGCACAGUCUGUGGAGAGGCCCGGGGCAGGAUGGAGGCUCACCUUCUGUUCUCAGCCCCAUCCAAGCACACACCGAGUGUGUGGCCUGGAACAGACCACUGGCCCCCUCUGGGCCUCCCUGUUCACAUCUGUACAAAUGGGAACGUGCUUCCCCGCCCUGCCUACCUCACAGGGCUGUUGUGAGGAAUUGAUGAGAUGAUGUAUGUGAAACACUUUGUAACGUGUAAAGCGCUGUGCACACGUG